AUGGAUGUUCAGAUCUUUGGCCUGAGCAAGCUGUUGUGUUUUAGUGUGUUUUUGUUGGUGUUUGGGUUAGUGGGUGGCACAGCAUUGCUCAAAAACCCAUCAAGAAAUCUGAGCUCCGGCGCUCAGAUCAAUUCCAACUCGGUGUUGGUGGCCCUUUUGGAUUCGCACUACACGGAGUUGUCGGAGCUGGUGGAGAAGGCGCUUCUUCUCCAGACUCUUGAGGAAGCUGUUUCCCGGCACAAUAUCACCAUUUUUGCGCCCAAGAAUGAGGCUUUGGAGUGGGAUUUGGACCCGGAGUUCAAGUGCUUCUUGGUUCAGCCUGGGAAUCUCAGGUCCCUGCAGAAUCUGCUUCUCUUCCACAUGAUUCCCACUCGCAUUGAGUCCAUACAGUGGCCGAAAAACUCGCGGCGGGGCGGCCGGAAUCAUAUAACUCUGUGCCGCGACGCCGGCGGGGAGAAUCUCGUUCUGUCGGAGAGGGAGGUGAGCGGCGCGAAGGUUGUUUCCCUUGACGACGUCGUUCGCCCCGACGGCAUCAUCCACGGGAUCGAGCGCGUGUUGAUCCCCAAGUCGGUGCAACAAGAUUUCAACACGCGGCGGAGCUUGCGGUCCAUCUCUGCCGUCCUCCCCACCGACGCACCGGAGGUCCAUCUCUUGCAUUCCCUAGACCAAAAACCUCGAUUUUACCGCAUGGGUUUCGGAGAAUCUAUACAAGCUCCUCACCAUUGUGCUCCUCGUAGCCACCGUCGCCGGUUUAUUCUAUUUCUGCAACGCCGCCGAGGGCUCAGACGCCUUGCUGUGCAUUGA